ACUAAGUUUGAUUAUGCUAUUAUUUUUAUUUAUGCAGCAAUUAAACAGUUCUAGUGCCAAAUUCUGCAUAGAAAAUGGGAUGUUUAACUGUCAUCAAGAACAUGAAGAAAAAGUAUGAAAGGUCGAAAUCACAAAUCGGAAGUCGUAAUGAGAAGGUAUCUACAGCAAUGCCUCAACUUCAAGCUUCUCGCUCAUUACACUUCGAUCCUCAAAAUCCUAAGACUAGCGUGAAAUCGCCUAACCCGAUUAACCAAGUUACCAACAACCGAACAAGAACAUUAUCUGCUCCAUCAGCUCUUCAAGAUGCAGAGGCUCUAGCCUCAGUUGAGCAAGAGGAAGGAGAAAUGUCGAAAUCUCUAGCGAGAUUAAUGAAGGUGGCUCCUUUACCUAGUCCAGUACCUAGUCCACUACCCUUACCUCUUCCAUCUCCUCGAAAUAGGGGUCCGUUGAAGUUAAGGAUGGCUAGUGAUCCUUUCUAUGCUUCUGGCUCGGGUAAUGAUACAGCAGAACAAGAUGGUGUUGAAACAUUUCAGUGUGAUGCGCGAGAAUGGUAUAAAAACCGAGACAGAUCCAUGAAGAAAAUGCAUCUAGCUAGGCCACUACCUUUACCGCCUAAAGGAAGAUAUCCAUUGAAGGCUACUAGCAGCCCUAAGCCAGAAACAGUUAUUGAUCCGGUUCGUUUCUUUCUGUAUGAGGAAAUUGUCGCUGCUUGUCACAAUUUCCGUUGGGAUAGAUGCAUGGCAGAAUGUUUUUCUUCCACCAUAUAUAAAGCUUCCUUUUUUCAUGAAGCUUCAUGUAAGAAGCUUAAAGCCACUGUCACGCGCCUUCACCCAUCAACUCAGGGCUUGAGGGAGUUCAUGAAUGAAGUUAGUUCUCUUGCGAAAAUACAACAUCCGAACAUCUGCAAAUUGCUCGGAUUUUAUGCAUGCGAUACCUCUGAAACAAGGAUGUUGGUUUACGAGAGGCUAAGCAAUGGGAGCUUGGACAGCCUGUUGUUCAGGAGACCUGACGGCCCUUCGAUUGAUUGGAACACAAGAAUGAAAAUCGCCUUCUCUGCUGCACAAGGUCUUACUUUCUUGCAUGACGAAGGGUCUUUUAAGGCAAUGUAUACUGAUUUUUCAGCAGCGAACAUACAGAUUGAUAUAGAUUUCAAUGCAAAGCUUUCAGGAUAUGGUUUUGUUGGAAAUAUUGCUCAGGAAACGUUUUCAAGAAGAUCAGCUGCGGCAGGAAAUCUUUCUGUGGAGACAUGGAGAAAAGGAAAGCUUACUCCAAAGAGCAAUAUAUGGAGUUUUGGAAUUAUUCUUCUGGAGCUACUUACAGGAAGAAAGAAUUUUGACAUAAAUCUCCCCAAGAGAGAGAGGAACUUAGUUAAAUGGUGUCAGCCUUUCUUAGCCGACAACUUGUCUGUGAUCAUGGAUCCUCAACUUGAAGGUCGGUUUCCGCCCAAAGCAGCAAGAAUAGUAGCUGGCAUUGCACAAAGAUGCCUCCAAAAGGAACCAUCAGAAAGACCAACCAUGAAAGUCAUUGUUGAGAAUCUGAUAAUCUUACUAGAUAUGCAGUACCCUCGUUGGUUCCAACUGCACGACCCAGCCGCUGUGUACAGAAGACAAAUGGCGGAAUCACUAAAUGUUGAUGGUAUCAGUUAUGGACCUAGUUUGGGUUUCUCUCCUCCGUGCCUACCAUCAAUUGGAACAUCUCCUUCACAUCCUCCAAGAUGGUCUUCUGUUCCCGUAGCGCUUCCUCCUCCUCUUGCCCGUUCCUCCACUGUCAUUACUGAGGAGAUCACCAGGGAAGAAAGUACAAAGCAAUCAUCCUCAGUAUCAGAGAAAGCUUAGAUUUUUAGGCCAUUCAAUUUCUCCAAUGUUAAUUUUUUUAUUGAAUGGCUAGUUUAGACAAUAAAUUUAUAAGUGUCAAGCAUUUUAGUUCCUUAAUGUAUUUUUCAGUGAGUUUUAAAUUUGAAAAUCUUCAAUCACAUUAGUCUUUGGAGAUGAUAUCAAGAAACAAAUUACAGAUCCAAUAUGACUAAUGUGAUUAAAAAUGAUAAAUUUGAAUAUCAUUUUCAAAUUUGGGUCAUUUUAGGGACCACAUUGUAAGGUCUUCAAUUUUAAGGAUCAAGUUUGGUAUUCACUGGUUAGUUCUUUUGUUCUAUUUUGGCAAUAGAAUUUGGGUGUGUCUAGGGUUGAUAUGAUCUACCAUAGAAACCUCAUAUAGGGGAUAAACCAUGUAGUUGUUAUGUCUUUUCAUCAAUAAGCAAAAUGCA